UUAUUUGAUUUAAUAAAAUGUCUAACGCAAAAAAAUCUGGUAAAUCAAAGUUCUUGGCGGAAGAUCUUCACGAUUUCAUAAAUAAAAGCCAGUUUGUAAAAGAAACUCCUAAGACUGGAAAACCUCAAAAGCGUAAUAAACCAGCGGCACCAGCAGAACAAGAAGGUGACAUGUCCAGAUUAAUGAUUGAGCAACAAGUCAGCAUGAAAAAAAGAAAGAUCUCUGCAAGUCAAUCAUCUGAGACACCUCAGAAAGUCCGGGACACAAUUAUGCAGCAAAUAGAAUCAAGACAACAAUGUAAUGAUCUUCUGCUAAACAACUUGUCAAAUAUUAUAACGCAACUAGAUGCUGAUCACGCACAGAUGAAAGAAAAUCAAGAUAAAUUAGAGCAACUCACUGGAGCUCUAUUGAAGUGCAUUCAACAGUCUGGUGCUGCUCAUAAACAAAGUCUGAACGUGUUGUGGGAGUUCCAUGCCACUUUUAAAAAGAGAUACGAGGAAAUGAAUCUUCUACAUAAGGCAGAGAAUGAAAAACUGACUGAAGAAAUAGAGGAUGACCUUAAGAAUUUGGAGCAGAAGCUAAUAAUAGAAACUAAGCGGAGUGGCUGGGACAAUUUACGCAAAACGAUUUUUCAUGCUAUGCAAAAUGAUUUGUAAACUGACAAUAUUCACAAUGAUUGCAUUUUAUAUUUUAGAGACAUUCUUAAUAGAUUUUUUGUUAGAAGACUAAAUAAGACUAAAUGCGAUU